CAAACCACACGGUUAUAUUAAUGCAGUUUAGAUUAAUCUACAUAAUCUAUGCCAGAUGAUAAAUGGAUUAAAACACGUUAUUUAAAAGAGAAAACAGUAUAAUUCAUAUGGUGAGGUGUUUUUUUUUCAGGAGUCAGUUAUUUAACAUUUAUGGAAGGAGUCUCCAGUGUAAAAUAAAGUGUUUUAUAUCUGACUGUUAAAAACCCUCUUGUUAUAGAUGAUUAAGUGCUGAUUUCUCAAAAGCAUGCAAGGCGAGCGUUGUGCUUUUCUACAAUGUGGUCAGAUGGUCAAAGAAACCACAGUGAGCUGAAGUAAGAGGUGUAUGAAGGCCUGAUUCCUAUGUGGUUAGAACAAAGCUGCAAAACACAGCACCAGAGCUGAAGGUCCGGUAAACAAAAUGAGCUCUUAACACACAACUGUGUGCACCUAAUGUGUUUUCAGCUCACGACACUGAUGUUGUCUUGCGUCAGAUGUUGGCCUCUGUGGAAUAUGAGUUAUGAGCUAGUUUAGUUUUAAAAAAAAAAAAAGUAUACAAUGUUCACUUUAAGCCAGAAAUAAAGUUGAGAAGACUAGAUACAGUAUGAUUGGUGUCUGAUCUUUGCCAAUGGUGGGCCUCAUAGUUCCAUUACAUUUCUCAUGGCAUGUCUACAGCAUUUCUACAUGUUUUUGGUGUCACUAUAUUAAUCGCCAUGUCACUUCACAGUAAUUUUAUUGUUUUUAAACUCUUAUUGGCUUAAACACCUGUCUCAAUAUCUCGUAGGCUGUGAUCUGACCUGAUGUUUAAUGUUUUGAACUGCUGGGAAUCUCAAUUAUUUUUAUUUUUUUAAUUCCAACUGAGUCAAACUGUACAUCCUGAUUGUUGUGUAUUAUGUUUUUUGUACCAUAUAACGUUUUCAUUGAUUUUAUUAUUAGGUUUAUAAUUAAAUCGCUGAUAUUAUAUAAAUACAUGUGUUUAACAAUGAACAUCAACAGUGUUUAAAAUUUAGUACUCAUGUAAUCUCAGCUGUAUUUAGUUUAAUUUCCUCUCAACACUGCCAAACAUUUAAUGCUCAAAUGCUUUAAAAGGAUCUACAUUUGAAUUAUUUUAUGUUUGGAAGAUGCAGGAAGAAAGCUACUAUUGUGUAUUUAUUAGCAUUUACCCAGGAUUUUUUAAUAUUUAGAGUAGUAAUGCAAAUCAAAUUAAAUAUUUCAAACUAAGAACAAUAAUUUUCAUUUUUGAUAUUUUUGACACUAUUUUUUAAUCUCACUCUCACCCACUUCCAAUGGAAUUUUCCUGUAGUUUUUUUUGUCAUCCUUUAAAGCAUAGCAAACACCAUGUAAGGAAGUCUCUGUUGGCGGACAUGAGCUUGGUUGCUGCAUGUCCACACGAGAGCAUUUUAAGAAUUCUUAAAUAGUGUAAUGACACAGAGAUAUUAAUUUAAUAUAAAUUUUGCACAUUUAUGGCACUGACGUAUUUAUUUUCAUUGUUAACUGUGUAGCUUAAAAAAGCAUCGAAGCUUAGAAAUGUAAUGUGUAGCUUAUGUACAGCUGUUAAUUAAACUUUGCUGCACAAAUAAAACAGCCUAAAAAUAGUUGUCCUGAAUCAUUUCUUGCUUUAACUAUGAAAAGAUGACUAGUUGACUCCUUUUUACUGUUCGACUAGUAAAUAUUAAUAGACAUGCAACCUCUAUUGUACUAGUAAUUAAAACAUACAAAAGUAGUAAACUUGGACCUAGAAUAUGUUUAUCUAAUCACACUUAAUUCAUGAAUAAACCCGCUUAGCUCACAGCAAAGCCUUUUUUAAUCAGUGUUUUCUAAUAUUUAUUGAAUGAAAAGUCACUCUACACGUCUUGUUUUCCUCAUAAGGGGCAGGACGACUUCUGCAGUCUUUUACAUAAAAGCAGCUGAGGCCUCACAUUUUUCAUCUCGAGAUGUUUGAGAUAAGAGAGACUGAACGCUUCAGCAUGGCGGCUCGACUGCUGCUCCUCUGCUGUGUGUGCACUCUGAGAACAUCUCUCUCGUCUUUGGUGUUUCAGUCCCCUGAGUUCAUUAGUGCAUCCAUCGGUGACUCUUUUACAUUAAAAUGCACUCAUGACCUGCCGAUUGCAUAUUGUCACAGCUCUACAUCCUGGUAUAAAGUGAACCCUAGAACUGGAAAACUGGGUGAAGUCAGAAAAAGCGAGGACAAGCUGGAAGAUGAUAAACAAACGUGUACCAGGACAAUCGUUAAUGCUCAAGUUCAAGACUCAGGCAUUUACUACUGCACAUCUUUACAUGAUAAAUUUUUUUUUAUUGGAACUGGCACAAGAGUCGUCAUUACAGAUACUCGUCUGUUAAAGCCUUCUAUCGUUCUGUACACACCGAUGGAGGUGGACACUCCCUCUGUUCUCCUGCAGUGUGUGGUGAUGGAUGUCGUUCCCUCUCAGAUCAGAGUUUUGUGGUUAAUUGAUGGAGACGAGCGCACAGGAUGGACAGAAUCAGGCUGGACAGGACACGACGAUUCAGCCUCAGAAUUCACUCGAGCUCAAAUCACGAUUCCUGCAGACGAAUGGAAGGAAGCGGCUCACAUCAUCGAGUGUGUCGUGAUGUAUGAAAACCAGACCAUGUCCCAAACUCUGCAACGCCAAACAGGUCAUUCAGACUCUACGUGUACGUGGCUGCUGUAUGGAGGCUGCGGUGUCGUUGUCUUCACCAUCGCAGUGAUGCUCACCACGGUUCUGUGUUUACGUAAAGAGAAACAAAACACACACGGGAUGAUUGCAGAGAAACCUUCUACCAGAACGGAAGUUGAAUAUUCCUGUUGGAACCCCGACAGCGUUAAUCAGCUACUAGUAGAUUAGCAAUAGUUAGCUAAAACAAUAAAGCAGGAAGUAAGAAGCUGUAAUAAGUCUGUAACCUGAUUAUUAAAAGCUUUUUUUGGUUAUUAAUAUCAGAGUAGGACUGCAACACCUAAAUAAUAAUCUUUAAUAAUUUGUGUAAAUUGUGUAAAAGUGUGUAAAUUAAUGAUUCUCAGUCAUGUGCAUUAUAUGUCUAUAUUCCUUCAUGUGUAUUUGAAUAACAGAUAAGAAUCUAGUCAAAUGAACAUGCUAAAUAAAUUAAAAACAAAAAUAAUUACACUCAUUAUAAAUAAUCUGAAACAGUAUGCUACCAAACAGAUUGUAAUUUAUAUAAUUUGGGAUUUUUUUUUUUUUUUUCAAAUAAUUAUCAUACAAUCAGGUUAUGGGUAAAAGCCAGAUCAGUGGAAAAUCAGAACAUUUGUGUGUGUGUGUGUGUGUGUGUCUGUGUGUGUGUGUGUGUGUGUGUGUGUGUGUGUGUGUGUGUGUGUGAGAUGAAUCAUUUCGAUGUGUAGACUCCAAAGCUUUGGGGUCGACUCUUAGUGUUCAGUGCCUGGAAUCAGUGAAUCAACUCACUAUGUGUUUGACGUCAAUAGUUAAGUUAAAUAAGUAUGACUAUAAAUGUGUGAUAGAGCUAGAAAACUGGAUAACUGUGGUUAGCAUAAUUCAACCAGGGACAUCGAAAUAUUACUCACAUGAAAACACAAGUAAUGUCAUGAGGCCAGCGGUGUAGCGUAAUGUAAAGAGUGUCCACACUUUAAAGGACUGUUGUCUCUGUGAUAACGUGUGCCGCCAUUUUCUGUCAAUGAUUUAGCCACAGUGUGCUUCAUAACACAGUCCAACUAAUCGAUAUAAUUCAUUGCCAAAUGUUUUGUUUUUUUUUCCUAUAAUUUUUCUAUUAGGUUUUGUAGUAAUGGUAAGAGUAGUGGUGAUUCAGUGGUUAAGGCUCUGGGUUACUGAUCAGAAGGUCAGGGUUCAAGCCCCAGCAUGUAAAUAAAGGCUGCUUCUUCUAGUUCUGUAAUAAAUGAAUAUUUCUGGUCAUUAAGACAUUCAUAAACCACUUUAA